AUGGAGGAGAGGUCUUGGUUCCUUCCUCCCUCCUUCCUGAAAACCCCGUGGAGUCGUGGGUUGGAAAGCCCAAGAAUCCCCAGAGCCCCACUCCGAGAUCCCGAGCUUUCUGCGCUGCUCCGUCGCAAUCCACAGGAAUCCCCAUCGGAGGAGGACGGCGGCGAGUUCGCGUGCAAGUCCAUCCCCAAGCGCAAGCUGCUGUGCCGCGAGGACUACGAGGACGUCUGGCGCGAGAUCCAGAUCAUGCACCACCUCUCCGAGCACCCCAACGUCGUCCGCAUCCGUGGCGCCUACGAGGACGCGCUCUUCGUGCACAUUGUCAUGGAGCUCUGCGCCGGCGGGGAGCUCUUCGACCGCAUCGUGGCCAAGGGGCACUACACCGAGCGUGCUGCAGCGCAGCUCAUCAGGACGAUCGUUGGGGUCGUAGAGGCAUGCCACUCGCUCGGCGUCAUGCACCGGGAUCUCAAGCCGGAGAACUUCCUGUUUGCCAGCACUGCCGAGGACGCCCCGCUCAAGACCACCGAUUUUGGGCUAUCCAUGUUCUACAAGCCCGGUGACAAAUUCUCUGAUGUUGUUGGGAGCCCCUACUAUGUUGCACCUGAGGUGCUUCAGAAAUGCUAUGGUCCAGAAGCUGAUGUCUGGAGUGCUGGGGUGAUUCUGUACAUUUUGCUAUGUGGUGUCCCCCCUUUCUGGGCAGAAACUGAAGCAGGAAUCUUCAGACAGAUCCUUCGAGGCAAACUUGAUUUUGAGUCUGAGCCCUGGCCUAGUAUCUCUGACAGCGCUAAAGAUCUAGUCCGUACUAUGCUUUGCAGGGAUCCUACAAAGCGACUCUCUGCUCAUGAGGUUCUUUGUCACCCAUGGAUUGUUGAUGAUGCUGUGGCACCUGAUAAGCCUAUUGAUUCUGCUGUUUUGUCAAGACUGAAGCAUUUUUCUGCAAUGAACAAGCUCAAGAAGAUGGCAUUGAGGGUUAUUGCUGAAAGCCUGUCUGAGGAAGAGAUUGGAGGUCUAAGGGAGCUGUUCAAAAUGAUUGAUGCCGACAAUAGUGGAACUAUAACAUUUGAUGAGCUGAAAGAUGGCUUGAAAAGGGUGGGCUCAGAGCUAACAGAACAUGAAAUCCAGGCUUUAAUGGAUGCGGCGGACAUCGACAACAGCGGAACGAUUGAUUAUGGUGAAUUCAUUGCAGCUACAUUGCACAUGAAUAAACUAGAGAGGGAGGAGAACUUGGUGUCAGCAUUCUCGUUUUUUGACAAGGAUGGAAGUGGAUUCAUCACCAUCGAUGAGCUAUCACAUGCAUGCCGCAAAUUUGGUCUGGAUGAUGUUCACCUUGAGGAUAUGAUCAAAGAUGUCGAUCAGAACAAUGACGGGCAAAUCGAUUACAGUGAGUUCACGGCGAUGAUGAGGAAGGGCAAUGCGGGUGCAACAGGGAGGCGAACCAUGAGGAACAGCUUGAAUCUGAAUCUCGGCGACAUCUUGAAUCCCAGCAACAGCUAA